ACAAUUGUCAAAAUUUGAGGCAUUUACCGGUUGAUGGGCUACAGACCCUCGUCUCUCUUGAGGAGUUGACUCUAGAUAAUUGUCCUAGUCUAGAGUUCAUUCCAAUUACCACCCAGAGCCAGGGCAUGCCAUGUCUCCGCAUAUUGAAGAUUUGGAAUUGUGAGAAAUUAUCAAGCUGGCCAAGUGGGUUGGAAUAUUGCACCUCUCUUCAGGAAUUGCAUAUUGACAAUUGUCAAAAUUUGAGGCAUUUACCGGUUGAUGGGCUACAGACCCUCGUCUCUCUUGAGGAGUUGACUCUAGAUAAUUGUCCAUUGACUGUCCUAGUCUAGAGUUCAUUCCAAUUACCACCCAGAGCCAGGGCAUGCCAUGUCUCCGCAAAUUGAAGAUUUGGAGAUGUGAGAAAUUAUCAGGCUGGCCGAGUGGGUUGGAAUAUUGCACCUCUCUUCAGGAAUUGGAUAUUAAAUAUUGUCAAAAUUUGAGGCAUUUACCGGUUGAUGCGCUACAGAACCCCGUCUCUCUUGAGAAGCUGUGGAUAGAGUAUUGCACUAAUCUAGAAGCUAUUCCCAGUUUAGACAACCUCACAUCCCUCCGUGAGUUGUCUAUUCGGGUUUGUGAUGGACUCACAAGUCUACCGAGGGGGAUUCAAUCCUGCACAUCUCUUAACCGCUUGACAAUCGGUAUAUGCCACAAUUUGAUCUCGCUGGCAGAUGUCGAUGUGUCCAGGUUGCAGUCUCUUUCCUCUUUAUAUAUAUAUCAUUGUCGGAAAUUAAAAUAUUUGCCAACGGGGCUACGCUCUCUGAGGAGUUUGAAAAGAAUGACAAUCGGUAUGUUUUGGGAGGAGCUCGAUUCUUUCCCUGAUUUUGAGCUUCCAUCACAAAUCCAAGUGUUAGGGAUCUCAGGGUGGCCUAAGCUCAAGUCUCUGCCUCAACAAAUUCAACACUUGACUACUUGUUUAGAAGAAUUUGAUUUAGGUUUUUUCGACAGCAUGGAGGCUCUUCCAGAGUGGUUGGGUAACCUUUCAUCUCUUAUCUCCCUGAAUAUCAAUAAUUGUAAGAAUCUGAUGUAUCUGCCUACCGUUGAAGUUAUGCAACGCCUCACCAACUUAAGAGAACUAUACAUUGAUGGAUGUCCCCAUCUAGCGGAAAGAUGUGCCAAGGAGAAUGGCCCAGAAUGGCACAAGAUUUCUCACAUCCCAAAUAUAAGAGGUUUAACUACCACAGUUUACGAAUCAAUCUUCGAGUGAUGAUUCGGAGUAGCUCAACUAUUCAUGUUUUUCAUGAAUGUGCCUUCGGGGAGUAGCUGCAACUUCCACUUUGAAGCACAAAGUGAGCCUCUUCUUAAUUUAUUUUGCAGAGCUUUAUACUUCCUAUGUUGCUUACUCAUGGCAUCUAUCAUCAUUUCAUCAAUUGGUAUAAUUUGCCUACUUUCAGAAGGCUUUUAGGUGAAAACUUUUUCCAUCCAGGUACUUCUAUUUCCCAUUCCCUAGAUAUUAGGUGACCCAAAUUCAUGGGAAAUGUCUUAAUAUUGAAUUAUAACAAUCAUCCAGGUACUUCUGUUUCCCAUAUUGAAUUAUCCGAAUAUAUAUUGCACAGGUUUAGCUUGAAUCCUUAGUUGUUUCACUGAUGGAAAAGUUUCCACCUACAAUUAGAUAUGUUAUCAGUGAUAUCAAAACUUAACACUUGCAUACCUACUGUCAUCACUUGAAACUCUUUCCUUUUCUUCCGUUUUUGUAUUCUUCUUUUUCCAUUAUUGUUUUUCAUUC